AUGCAUUACCGCCUGCCAGCUCCGCGCGCAGUGACGUCCGUCGAUGCACCCAAGCCACAGGGUCCAGCCAGCGAUGCUUGGUAUCGCGAGUACUUCGCUCACACGCUUAACAGUCAAGAAGCGGCGACAUAUCAUCCGUCGCUCCUAGAGUCGCAUACCUUCGAUGGUCCCCUGCACUCGUACUUUAGUGAAGCCAAUGCGAUGCUGACCAUGCAAUACCUCUCCGAGGAUGUCGGGUUCCGUGUUGUCGGAACGCAGCAGCAUAUCGACGCGGAAGUGUGGCUGGAAGAGGUCCUGCGCCGCUUCGAAGGCACACAUGCCACUGGCACCAACUACUCGACGCAGGUCGAGGUAUUUCGCCAGCAGAGUGACGGAGCCCACCGCUUCGACAUAUUGGGCUUCCCGGUAUGGAAGCAGUACUACGGUAUGAGCAAUUUGAUCGUGCGUAUCUCCGACGGCACGGAAGAAAGCAAGGCCAACUCGCUGCUCGUGAACGCCCAUUUGGACAGCACGCUUCCGUCUCCGGGCGCAGCCGAUGAUGCUGCUGGCGUCUCGAUCAUGAUGGAAGCUCUGCGUGUGCUUACGCUGCGCGGUGCGCCUCGUGUUCGACAUGGACUUGUGCUCCUGUUCAACAACGGCGAAGAGUCGCUGCAGGACGCAUCGCACUUGUACAUGACGCAGGAAGUCAUCACCAGGCCGACGGUCAGAGCAGUCGUAAACCUCGAGGGCUGCGGCGUAUCGGGACCGACGCUUUUGUUCCAGGCAACCGAUCCCGCUUUGAUCGAGGCGUUCCGCCAUGUGCCACAUCCCUUCGGCACAGUGCUUGCGAGCGACGUGUUUUCGUCCGGCAUCAUCAUGAGCGACACAGACUUCCGCCAGUUCCAGCACUACGGCCAUGGUCUCCCCGGCCUCGAUAUGGCCAUUGUCGGCUCAUCCUACCUGUAUCACACCCGGCGCGAUGUGCCCAAGUACAUGGAGCGCGGGGUCGUGCAGCACUUGGGUGAAAAUGCCUUCUCUCUCAUCGAGUCUCUCUGCCUCAGUGAGUCGUCACCGCUGCCAACCAUCCGGCCAUGGCCGUACGAGACGAAGCGGAUCCUACCGAUCUACUUCUCCAUCUUUGGCUCAUUCCUUGUGCUGAUAUCGCCGUACCUGUUCAAAAAUCUGAUCACAACGCUGUCUGUUCUCGUCAACUUUAUGCUGAGCUCCAUCAACACAACGGAGCGUCGCGUGCGUUUCAUCCACAUGUCGAUGCUUUCGACAAUUGGCGUCGCGCUGUCGUACGUGGCCGCCAUCGUAGCCGCUAAUGCUGUCGCAUUCUUCCUCCGCUCCGUCGGCUCGCCCCUCUCCUGGUUCCAGCAUGAGUUUCAUGCCCUCCUCGCUUUUGCGCCUCCUGCUAUCGCUGCCAUUGUCGGUGUCCAGCUCUUUGUGCACUCGCUCGCAGAGCGCACGCGCCGUCCAUACCUUGAAUACACGUCGUUCACGGGCGCUACUGUCUUUUAUACGCUGCUUCUGCUGCUCAUGAACUUCUACGGGCUCGGCUCGGCGCAUGUCAUGUUCAUCGCGACCCUCUCAUACUAUGUGCCCGUCCUCAUCAACGACUUGAGCCUCAUUGGACUCAAGCGCAUUGGCGAGGGCGUGAACCCCGAUGCGCGCAUGCACUUGGCAACUUACUUUGUGCACCUGAUUUUGCCCUGCACGUUCGGCACCGAAGGCAUCGUCGCAUUCCUCGACCUCCUCGUCCCCCUCAUGGGCCGCAUGGGUACCGACGCGCCUGCGGAUCACGUGAUAGCAUCCCUCGUCGCCGCUCUUGUGACACUCGUCGGUGGGUUUGUCCCGGCGCUGUGCCAUCGGUAUGGGCGUGCAUUCAUGCAAAAGGCCAUCUAUGCUUUGCUGGCUGUUUCCUGCAUCACGACGGCGCUUUUUGCCGCGAAGGGCGCGAACGUCUUUGACGACAAGCACCCACGUCGGCUGUUUCUCCACCAUGUGGAGAACGUCACCAGUGGCGAGUGGCAUCUCUCCUACUCGGUGCUCGACGCAGGCGCCAAAAAUCCACAGAUGGAUGCGGCCAUCUUGCGCACGGCCCUAGGAUCAGAACCGAAUGCCACGCUUAGCUGGGACGACGCCCCAGCCGCGGCACCAGACAUGGACAUUCUCUUCCCUCUGACGCACUUUAUUGGCGUGACGCGUGUGACACUUCCACGCUCGGCAGAACGCGACGAGCUCUCGCUCGAUGGCAACCGCUGGUCAAAUGUGCGGCUCACGUGUGAAGACACGCACUAUGACGUGCAGAAUCAGACACGUCAUGUCAUCAUGCGCCUUGAGCAUCCGCAGCUCGCUUGGUCCACGGUGUCAUUCGAUGCAGACCUGGUCGACUGGGACUUCCCUGAGCCACCGCCCAUGGGCAUGCAGCGACACCACAUGAAGGACGUGUCGCGCUUGGGAUCCGACGUAUUUGAAAUGCGGCUCGUUAUGCGUGUCGCUCCCGAGGACAUGGCCGCAGCGGAGCCUGUACCAGAGACACUCCUCCGUUCGCCGCCAAUGCACGAAGCUAUGCCAGUCCCCAGAGGACACAUCCCAAUGCACUUCUCCGGCAUAGACUCAUUCGGGAUGUAUCCUCAUCACAAAAACGUCAGUAUGGACCGCUUGUCCAUGCGAACGCUUGCAGCUCUUGACGAUGAACUCCAGCGCGACUUUCCCGAAGUUGAUGCCAUGCUUCUCUCCAUUGUUGGUGGUGUUGCUGUUUGUUAG